ACUGAAGACUGUCUGCCAUUCCAUAAAGCCAUUUGUUCCUUUGGUCUCCCCUGUCUUCAUUUCUGUUGUAGGCUGUGGAUUGGAUUGCUAUCAACGUCAAGAAGGGAGUUUGUACUCGGUCAUAGGAGAUUGGUACUGUUCACCAGCCUAACAAGGCCAAGGUGGUGGUUGUGGUUUCCAUUUCAUGUAGUUGAGAUUGAAGAACGAGGAAUUGUGGGUAAACCAGGUUAUGGUCAUCUGGAAUUUUGAAGCAGAACCCAUGGAUUUAAAUAUCGGUAUCAGCUGGACCCAUUACCGAUACAGAUUGCCCUAUAUGUAUCAGUAUAGGGGCCACAGAUGGGCCAAUAUGAUCAGAUAGUAAUUUUUUUUUAUCUAAUAUGAGAUCAAAUGAGUUAAAAAGAGAUUUAACUACUCAUCCAUAGAAUGGCGCCCCUUGAAUCAUCCUUUCAUGCCACCUCCCAAAGCCUAUCUAGCCAGGCUAUUAAGAAUUAUCUAUUCACCAUUUCCACCUCUCCAUAUGCUCUGUAAUCUGUAUAGUUCUACCAACAACGGAAAAAAACGUAAACUAUUAGAGCUAAUAAUAAAAGAAAGCUAUUUCAAACUGUGGAUUACGUUCCCAGUUCAUCAAAGUUCGCCGCAUUAAAAUUUUAAAAGCUAUGGUAAUCUAAUUUUAGAGCAUAUCUUCUCUAAAUUUUCUAUCCAUAAAGUUUGAACUAUAAGGUGGAGGGAGUCGGGAAAAAAAUAUCUGCCGGAGAGGGGCGGAGAGGGCUUCGUCUGCUGAGGAUGAAACUCGGAUCUGGGUUUCCAAAGACUCCAGCAACAGCAAGAACUCCUGUGACUCCAGCAGCCCCCAAAGCAAAGCCAGCGGGUUGGUGUAUACCCAAUUCUGGCGUUUCUGAUGCCCAAAUGCAGGCUAAUCUUGGCUAUGCUUGUGGCCAAGGGAUCGACUAUAGCCCAAUCCAACCAGGUGGUGCCUGUUAUGAACCAAAUACCUUUGUUUCACAUACAGCUUAUGCCAUGAAUCUCCUAUACCAAACUGCUGGCUGGAAUCCCUGGAACUAUGAUUUCUCACAAGCUGCAGCAAUCACAUCCACCAACCCAAGUGGAGGGAUUUGCAGUGAUGAACAGAGACGAAGAGAGAGGACGGAUUUGCAGCGAUGAACGGAGAAGAAGAGAGAGAGAAGAGGAAGAAAGAAGAGGGAGAAAAGAGGAGGGAUUCACUUCAGAUUCGAUGCAGCUGAACAGAGUCGAAGCCACGAAGGGAGAGGAUUUCGGUUUUGACCCGAAAGCCAUACCUUUUGAGACCCAAAUCCGAGUUUCAUACUCAGCCAUCAGAACGUCGCCACCAUAUGUCAACAGAUCAAGCCCUCUCCACCCUCUCCGUUAGAUCUCGUCUGCGCGGAGAGAAAUAUCAUCUUUACCAUCCGACCCCACCUAAUCAAUUACGCCCAAGUUUUAAAUAGGAAAAAUUAUAUGAUUACCUAUUUUUGGGUUUUCUUUACAAAAUUAUCCACAAAAAGUUUUGAUUAACAAAAAUACCCUAAAAUUAGGUUUGGGUUUACAAAAUU